GAAGGUGAGGGGUCAAUCAUUCAGGCAUUUGGGCAGUGUCCGUUUCUUGAAAGAUUUACAGAAAAUUAUUAAGUAGUAUACGAGUUUUGGCGGUUUAUUCAGCGAAUCACGCGCUUCCUGAAGUUGGCUCUAAGGUAAGUCUGAGGUAACGCCUGCACGAGCCAGACACCUGCAUUCGCGCGUCAGGCGCGCGCGCGGUAAAGGUGAAAGGGAGUGUGCUGAGGCGACAGUCCGUAAUUUAACCUUUAAAAAAAAAAAUGAAUCACAUCAUCCUCCCGCAACUAUCGCUGACUGGCAGUUUUCUGCACCGCAUAGUCCUAACAUUACUGCAACGCAAAGACUAAGAGCGUUCUUAUUCUGUCCUUCACAGGCUUCCGUAGACAUUUCCCCUAUUCUCCUCCAGUAGUCUGCGGCUGUGCCGUCUGUGGCGAGAAGUACCCGUGGGCAGCUAUAUCAAAGCCAUGGAGCAGAUCAAUAAUAUUCAGGUGGUUCCGUGCACCAGCUCUAACUAUCUGAGACCGUUUAGGGUGCAUUAUAACCAGAAUGGGACAAAGAAGUCCUGGGACUUUAUGCAAACCCAUGAUAGUGUCUCUGUGCUGAUUUUCAACACCACCUCACACUGUUUCAUCCUGGUCAAGCAGUUCCGCCCAGCUGUAUACAUGAGCGAAUGGGAGCGCAGCAAAGCGAAGCCCCUGCAACCGUCAGAGGAAGAGUCAGCGGAAGCCACACCAGCAGAACCUAAAGUCCCGGAAGAGGAUAAAGCAGGAGAGACAAGUGAAGGGACGUCGAGCCACCAACCUCCCGCUUCGGCCGGCGUGACCUACGAGCUGUGCGCAGGAUUGGUGGACAAACCCAACCUCUCUCUGGAAGAGAUUGCCAGGCAGGAAGUGCUAGAAGAGUGUGGCUAUGAUGUACCAGUCACCAAGCUGAGAAAGAUCACGUCAUACAGGUCAGGAGUCGGAGUGACCGGAUCGAAGCAGACCAUGUUCUACGCUGAGGUGUCCGAUGAGAAUCGCGUUGGAGAGGGAGGAGGUAAACCCCAAGAGGGCGAAUUGAUCGAGGUGGUCAAAGUUCCCCUUAAUGAAGCCAUGACCUUCGCCUUCGACGAGAGCAUCCCGAAAACGAUGGGCGUUAUUUUCAGCUUCAUCUGGUUCCACAGCAACAUGUCGCCGAAGUACAAGAUCUCCACCAACGUGUAACAUAACGGUUCCACGCCAUCGAGAAAUACAAGUCAUUGCGUACAUUUUUAUAUGUAGUAAUCAAAAUGGUCACUAACUGUUAAUUAUUUUGCUAUUUCUUACACUUUUAUCUGUUUGUUGUGGUUCUAGCUAUUGUCUUAUUUCAGAUUGAAGCCACACUUGUGUGCCAUCCGCUGAAAAGGUUCAUUGUGAGUUUGUUUUGUGUAGCUGAAUGCUUUGUUUUUAACAUGCCAGGAAUUUCAGCCAGCCAUUUGAAAUCACACCACGGCCCUUAAAGACUUUGUAAUGGUGAUCUAUUCCACUCUAAUUUGAGAGGGUAAGAUCUGAAAGACUGUGUUGAUACCAUCAGAGAGAAAAUCACAAACCGGAUCGAUCAUGAUUGAAGCUGUACUUUGUGGUCAGAAAGUGAGACCUCUAGCCAUAUUCCCACCAAUUUUGCAGGCUAUUUAGUAGAAUGACAUUCAUUUUUAAAUAUAAAUAAGCAAGUAAAUAAAAACAAUAAUUAAUGUGAAUUAUGUGAACAACACACAGGCAGCUACACAAAUGAGAUAACUUGAGAGCCACUUCUUAUAAAACAAUCAUUGUCAAAUAAAAACAAUUACACUCUUGCAUAUAUCUCAGGUCCAAAGCUGACUUUGGGACAUUCAGGGUUAGUGGUGAUGCUGAAAAAUGCUGAGAUGUUUUUUAUUGCCGCUUAAAAUUAAGUUGAUAUUCUGAGUGCGUGUUUUGCACAGAAUUUAUUUAUAAAAUAUCUACUACAAUAACCUAAAGUGUGAGUACAGUGCUAGUGCUACAGGUUUAAAGCUGCUUUGCCAUAAUCAUCAUAUCUAUAACACUGUUCUGAAUUCUUUCAGAACUUAUGGAACAGAAUAUAUGAGAGGUGCAUGAGCUUGCCUGCUGAAGCUAAAAAAAUUUUUUAGAAAUUAAUAUUUUCAAAUACCAUACAGUGUCAGAAGACUGGUACCUCCUAAAGUCACAGCAACAAAACAUAGUGACUUUCUGAAAUCCCUUGAAUACGAUACUUGAAAAUCAUUUGUUGCAGUUUACGGUAUGAAUAUAUAGGGUGAUGAAUAUAAUCAAUAUGCCCUCAAUUUUCUCCAUGAUACCUCCAAGAUUUGAGAGGCUGCUUGCAACUUUUUAUUAAGGUGAGCUGAAGCUUUCUGAAUCAGAUUUUCGCUUUUUUGUGGUUCAGUUCAGAUUCUCUUGUGCACAAAGCAUUCACUACUUUUAUUUCAAUCGAUCAAUUAAUCAGUCGACCGUUUUUCCUAUAUCUUGUUGGCUUAAUUAUUUUGUGAAUGAUAUUGAAGUGCACAAACAUUUGUUAAUACUAUCUUUGUACUUGGCAUCAUGACAACGAUCACUACAGUGUUGAAUACUAUUGUCAGCUGAUUGGAUCUUACUGUAAAGCAUUUUCCUUUGUCCUAUCACUGUACUCUGUAGUCUAUAUUCUAUUGUGAUUGAGUGUUAUAACUUUAUCAAUACAUACGGUCAAUGUGCAAAUGUACAAAUUACCAUGUUCAUAUAAUCAGUCAAAACAAGUGUGGAAAAAGACAAACAGGUUUGGUUUGGUCCACAAUAGGAGUGUUUUUAACUUCAACCGCUCCUUUUAAAGUAUGCAAAUGAGACAUUUAAGAAUUAUGCAUUUGUUUUGGAAGCAUUAUUUCAUAUCACAAUGCCUCAGAUAUCAUUUCCUCAUUUUCUUAAUCUCUUCUUAUGAAAGAAACUUUGAACUUGUUGGAGUGUUUUGUACGUUUAUCUCAGGAUAGGGCUUGAUUUCUUUUAAAAAUUAAUAAAUUGUUGAUUUAUUGUCAUGUGCCACUGUUAUUAAUGCUUGAGUUUCAGACUCAGUAUUUCAAGAGAGGUGUUCACUACUGCAUUUACAUUUCUUCUUUUGAAUCUCACAACAUUUGUUUACUGAUUGUUUUCA